AUGUCGCAUUCACACUGCCACGACGAGCAUCACGACCACUCGCACGGCGAUGGGCACGACCACAGCGAUGACAUCACACCCGCGCUGCAAAACAUGCUCUACGAACAAAUCGACUUUCCCAAGGUCAUCACGCUCAACGAGGACGAGUCCAACAGCGGCCGCGCCAUUUGCCAGAAAACAUGGGCCCAGCGGCUCGACCCGGAGCCAGAGCUUGUGUCGAGCGCCGACGAGCAGCUGCUCAUGACGAUUCCGUUUACAGGCCAAGUGCGGCUGCACAGCAUCAUUCUGCGGACCAGUCCCAGCGGGGCGUGUCCGAAGACGCUCAAGGUGUUUGCCAACGAAGACGCGCUCGACUUUGAGACGGCCAGCGAGAAGGAGCCGACGCAGGUGCUGGAAAUCAGCCAGACGAGCGAGGUCCAGGAGAUUGGCGUCAAGCGCGCAAAGUUUGGCACCACACGGUGUCUGGGCCUGUUCUUCGAGGACAACUGGGGCGGCGAGGAUGAAACGCGCAUCAGCUAUCUCGCCUUCAAGGGCGACUUUAUGAAGCUGAAUAAGGAGGCGGUUAGUGUGCUGUACGAGGCUGCUGCGAAUCCAAGCGAUCACAAGAACAUUGUUGGUAUUGGACAGGGCGUGGGGAGGAGUAUUCAGUAG